UUCCCUGCAGUAGUAACAGCCCAACUCAGACCGAGAUUCAAACUGAGUGCAUCCCUGUUCCCUGCAGCAGUAACAGCCCAACUCAGACCGAGAUUCAAACUGAGUGGAUCCCUGUUCCCUGCAGCAGUAACAGCCCAACUCAGACCGAGAUUCAAACUGAGUGCAUCCCUGCACAAAAUAAACCCCAAAAGUGCUAUAUGCACGUAUGCCAUAAAAAAGAGGAGAAAAUCCACGAUUUUACACUUAAGCGUUGGAAUACUUUCAAGGGAGCCCAAAGCAGGUGGCUCGAGCUGAGCGGGGAGUACCGGGAUGUUGCAGAAUCCUACCGACACUGUCAACACCUGCAGUUUGAAGAUGUCCCGGAGGAUGCUGGCUGGCAUCGCUACUGCUACGUGUGGUUCACCAAUAAAACAAUUAUGCACAAGUUGGAGAGACGGAUGGCUCGGGAGAGUGAAUUGCUGAUUCAAACUGAGGUGAUCCCUGUUCCCUGCAGCAGUAACAGCCCAACUCAGACCCAGAUUCAAACUGAGUGCAUCCCUGUUUCCUGCAGCAGUAACAGCCCAACUCAGACCGAGAUUCAAACUGAGUGCAUCCCUGUUCCCUGCAGCAGUAACAGCCCAACUCAGACCGAGAUUCAAACUGAGUGCAUCCCUGCACAAAAUAAACCCCAAAAGUGCUAUAUGCACGUAUACCAUAAAAAAGAGGAGAAAAUCCACGAUUUUACACUUAAGCGUUGGAAUACUUUCAAGGUAGCCCAAAGCAGGUGGCUCGAGCUGAGCGGGGAGUUCCGGGACGUUGCAGAAUCCUACCGACACUGUCAACACCUGCAGUUUGAAGAUGUCCCGGAGGAUGCUGGCUGGCAUCCCACCUGCUACCUGAGGUUCACCAAUAAAACAACGAUGGAGAGACAGGCUCGGGACGUGCUGAUUCAAACUGAGGUGAUCCCUGCUCCCUGCAGCAGUAACAGCCCAACUCAGACCGAGAUUCAAACUGAGGCCAUCCCUGUUCCCUGCAGCAGCAAUAACAGAAACUAUUACAGAAAAUGCCGUACUCGGACCCAGAUUCAAACUGAGUGGAUCCCUGCACAAAAUAAACCCCAAAAGUGCUAUAUGCACGUAUACCAUAAAAAAGAGGAGAAAAUCCACGAUUUUACACUUAAGCGUUGGAAUACUUUCAAGGGAGCCCAAAGCAGGUGGCUCGAGCUGAGCGGGGAGUACCGAGACGUUGCAGAAUCCUACCGACACUGUCAACACCUGCAGUUUGAAGAUGUCCCGGAGGAUGCUGGUUGGCAUACCACCUGCUACGUGAGUUUCACCAAUAAAACAACGAUGAAAGCGUUGGAGAGACGGAUGGCUCGGGAGAGUGAAUUGCUGAUUCAAACUGAGGUGAUCCCUGCUCCCUGCAGCAGUAACAGCCCAACUCAGACCGAGAUUCAAACUGAGUGCAUCCCUGUUCCCUGCAGCAGCAAUAACAGAAACUAUUACAGAAAAUGCCGUACUCAGACCCAGAUUCAAACUGAGUGGAUCCCUGCACAAAAUAAACCCCAAAAGUGCUAUAUGCACAUAUACCAUAAAAAAGAGGAGAAAAUCCACGAUUUUACACUUAAGCGUUGGAAUACUUUCAAGGUAGCCCAAAGCAGGUGGCUCGAGCUGAGCGGGGAGUACCGAGAUGUUGCAGAAUCCUACCGACACUGUCAACACCUGCAGUUUGAAGAUGUCCCGGAGGAUGCUGGCUGGCAUCCCACCUGCUACCUGAGGUUCAUCGAUAAAACAAUGAUGAAAGCGUUGGAGAGACGGAUGGCUCAGGACGUGCUGAUUCAAACUGAGGUGAUCCCUGCUCUCUGCAGCAGUAACAGCCCAACUCAGACCGAGAUUCAAACUGAGUGCAUCCCUGUUCCCUGCAGCAGCAAUAAAAGAAACUAUUACAGAAAAUGCCGUACUCAGACCCAGAUUCAAACUGAGGUGAUCCCUGCACAAAAUAAACCCCAAAAGUGCUAUAUGCACGUAUGCCAUACAAAAGAGGAGAAAAUCCACGAUUUUACACUCAAGCGUUGGAAUUCUUUCAAGACAGCCCAAGAGAGGUGGCUCGGGCUGAGCGGGGAGUACCGAGACGUUGCAGAAUCCUACCGACACUGUCAACACCUGCAGUUUGAAGAUGUCCCGGAGGAUGCUGGCUGGCAUCCCACCUGCUACCUGAGGUUCAACAAUAAAACAAUGAUGAAAGCGUUGGAGAGACGGAUGGCUCAGGACGUGCUGAUUAAAACGGAGUGGAUCCCUGCUCCCUGCAGCAGCCGCAGUAACAGCCCGACUCAGACCGAGAUUCAAACUGAGUGGAUCCCUGCUCCCUGCAGCAGUAACAGCCCAACUCAGACCCAGAUUCAAACUGAGUGGAUCCCUGCACAAAAUAAACCCCAAAAGUGCUAUAUGCACGUAUACCAUAAAAAAGAGGAGAAAAUCCACGAUUUUACACUUAAGCGUUGGAAUACUUUCAAGAGAGCCCAAAGCAGGUGGCUCGAGCUGAGCGGGGAGUUCCGAGACGUUGCAGAAUCCUACCGACACUGUCAACACCUGCAGUUUGAAGAUGUCCCGGAGGAUGCUGGCUGGCAUCCCACCUGCUACCAUAGGUUCACCAAUAAAACAAUGAUGAAAGCGUCGGAGAGACGGAUGGCUCGGGACGUGCUGAUUAGAACGGAGUGGAUCCCUGCUCUCUGCAGCAGCCGCAGUAACAGCCCGACUCAGACCGAGAUUCAAACUGAGUGGAUCCCUGCUCCCUGCAGCAGUAACAGCCCAACUCAGACCCAGAUUCAAACUGAGUGGAUCCCUGCACAAAAUAAACCCCAAAAGUGCUAUAUGCACGUAUACCAUAAAAAAGAGGAGAAAAUCCACGAUUUUACACUUAAGCGUUGGAAUACUUUCAAGAGAGCCCAAAGCAGGUGGCUCGAGCUGAGCGGGGAGUUCCGAGACGUUGCAGAAUCCUACCGACACUGUCAACACCUGCAGUUUGAAGAUGUCCCGGAGGAUGCCGGCUGGCAUCCCACCUGCUACGCGAGGUUCACCAAUAAAACAAUGAUGGACGCGUUGGAGAGACGGAUGGCUCAGGACGUGCUGAUUAAAACGGAGUGGAUCCCUGCUCCCUGCAGCAGUAACAACCCAACUCAGACCCAGAUUCAAACUGAGUGGAUCCCUGCUCCCUGCAGCAGCAAUAACAGAAACUAUUACAGAAACAGCCUGACUCAGACCCAGAUUAAAACGGAGUGGAUCCCUGUUCCCUGCAGCAGUAACAGUAACAGUAACAGUCCGACUCCGACCAAGAGACUCCGGCCGGAGUCGCCUCUCCCAGACUCAGGCUCCGUCCUCCCCGCCCUCUGCAUCAUAUGCAAAAAAGAUUACAUCAAUGUCCCCAGGGGAGGCAAACGAGUGAGGGACUGCCUGACACCGGCCGAAACAGUAACAGCAGGUUGGCUUCAGAAAGCUGCUAAACUGAAAGAAGACCACAGUAUUUUGAUGCACAUUAAGGACAAAGACUGUGUGGCUAUUGGGGUCCAAUACCACAAGUACUGUUAUACACUGUACACCCAGUUUUUGAGGGUUCCUCCAGAGCCAGACACAAAUCAAAACGAACCAACAUAUGACAUGACUUAUCAGGUGUUUUGUGAGACUGUCAUCCGUCAGAGACUACUUGUGAACCAAGAGGUGUUACGAAUGACCCAGCUCAGAGGUACCUUCAUUGAAAUGGUGAAGUCACAUGAGGGUCUCGAUGCUUCAAACUAUAGGCAGGAUAGGUUGAAGAGGAGGUUGAGGUGGGAUUUCCCUCAGCUGGUGUUUCAUGCCGCCACCAAUCGCAACGUCUGUGAGCUGGUAUAUGCGGAGACUCUCUCAACAGACCAUAUUAUGGACACCCUACCGUUUCCAUCCUGUGCAGACACCACACAGUCAAAAACGUCUGAACUUGAGAAACCAUGGAGGACUGUAGUCUGGGAACCUGAGAAGAGGGCGGAGCUGAUGGAGAGCAUCAAAUCCUUCAAACCAACCGUCAGCUCCGUGUCUCAGGCCCGGGUUUUACUCAUUGGACCAGUUGGAGCUGGAAAGUCCAGCUUUUUUAACUCCGUCAACUCUGUAUUCAGAGGCCACGUCACCAACCGGGCCAUAUCUGGGUACUCCACCUCCAGCCUGACAACACAGUUUCGCAGCUACUCUGUGAAGGCCGGACGAGGAGGAAAUCCUCUGCCAGUCAUCUUGUGUGACACCAUGGGACUGGAGGAGAGUAAAGGGGCGGGGCUUCACAUAGAUGACGUCAGUAAUAUCCUCAAAGGUCAUCUGCCUGAUUAUUACCAGUUCAACCCGUCUGAUCCUCUGCAUUCGGAGGUUCACGGCUAUCGCAAGUCUCCAGAUCACAAAGACAAGAUUCACUGUGUGGUUUACGUUAUCGAUGCCAGCAAGAUCUCCAUCAUGACCCCACAGCUGGAGGAGAAGGUGGACGCCAUCCGCAAGAAGAUCAACUUGAUGGGGAUUCCUCAGCUGGCGUUGCUCUCUAAAGUAGAUGAAGCCUGCCCUUUGGUGAAGGAGGAUUUAAGAAACAUCUACAAAAGUGGCUACAUCAAAGAUCUGAUGCAGGAGGUCAGUACCCGGCUCGGCAUGCCGAUGUCCUACGUUGUACCAGUGAAGAACUACAGCGAAGAGUUGGAGCUGGACAUGAACUGCGACAUCCUGCUGCUCAGCGCCAUCACACAGAUGCUUCAAUCUGUUGAUAACUACUUUGAUGAGUUUCAAGAGUAGGGGAUCUGUGAUAACGAUAAUCACAGAGAAGCAGUUUCAGGAGAAACACAUUGAAUAUCACAUGUCAACUUCUCAGUAUGUUCAUGUUCCAACAUUGCAUAUGCCUUCCUUUACCAUAUACGGUAAUCACGUCAUAAAUGUAAAAUUGUUAAUUGUCUAUAUCAUUACCAUACUGCAGUCAUCAGAACUGAUCAACAUUUGUUGAUGACUACUUUGAUGAGCUCAGUGACCGACUGACCUGUGUUCAAACUAAAGAUUAGGGCAUCCACGAUAGUCCACUUCUCAGUAUAUUAUCCCAAGAUUACAUCGUCUUUGGCCUUAAGAUUAUUUUACUUAUUAUAAUUACUCUUUUGCUACUAUUUUUAUACUCUAAACUUAUUCAAACUUAUUAGCGGUUUAGCGUUUUGUUGACCAUGUUCCACCCUGUUCACCUGAUCCAGCACCGUCACCUUGUUCUUCUCAAGCUCUGUUUCCAGACUAAAGGCAAACUCCCUGUUACAUUGAUCUCGAAAGAAACUUUCCACAAAAUAAGGGAUGUGUGGAAUCAAGGGCUCAUUCCAGCCCUGAAACGGCCAACAUCGGGGGCCCUUUGGCUCACUUGGUAGAGCAAGCUUCCCUGGUAGUGGGGUGACCUGUGGCCUUUUUUUUCCAUGUCUUUUCUCUCUUGCUCUCUCCCAGAAUCUCCUAACUACUUUCAUGGAAGACUACUGGAGCUACAAAAUCUGUAUUUAUCAUACACCUGUGUAACAAUGGUUGAUUUGAUAGAUUAAUUAUUACCCCCAAAUUAUCGUUGCUAAACCUAAUAUACAACAGUUUUUCUCAGGCGGAACUUUAGUUUUUGAUUUUGUGUUUCUGUACAAUCUAUUUGGGUGUCGGCAAGACCCCUAUAGAAGGCUCUGUCCCGCCUAAACUUUCCUUCUUUUUACUGUGAUGUCUUCGGGUAAAGUGAGCUUUUAUUUUGUACUUUUAAUUGGGUAUUUCCCUUGUAUAUUUCUUGUGUUUAUGUUCAUACUACAUUAUUGUAACUCCUUCUUUUUCUGUGAUGUGUUCAGGGAAAGGGAACAGAAAUAAAAAUGGAUAAUUCAACGGCUUGAGUCCAGUCAUAUAUAAUACACAACGCAGAAGCUAAUUGCACCUGUUUUACUAUUCAGGGUCAGGACUCUUUUGGGCCAUAUAUCAUUAAAACUUCAGGAAAACAGCAUACCGUCUGCUUUAAAGGUAUUGUGACAUCAUUUUUAACAUGCUUUUAACACUAUUAAAAGUCUUGGCCAACAUCCCUCAAAUGUGUCUAAAAGAGUGUAACAAGAAAAACUUCACUCUAGUACUCUAUUCCUGGCUUUUUAUUACAGUGUUUUUUUGCGCCGUGAAAAACGCUUCCUUUUUCCCCUUUCCUGUCAAUCAUUGCUCCGCUCCUCCUCCAAACCUCCUCCUCCUCCAGCCAUACGCUCACAGCGGCGUCGGAGAGUUAAGCCGGGAGCGACAAGCGAAGCAUGCACGGAAAAGCAGCAGGGCGAACCACAGCAAACAAUCAUAAAAAUAAAGGCAUGCAAGCAGCACUGUCCCCUUAUCUUAAGUCCAGUCAGUGGCCGCGGGUCUUCUUAGCAGUUUUCCUCCGGUGAUUAGAACAAAAGAGGCUCUAAACAGCUCCGUGUUAAGCCUGAUUUAUGGUUCCGCGUUAAAUCGACGCAGA